AUGGCUGCAAAGAGGCAGAAUCCAGAACUCUUCCCUGGAUUCCCUCAGGUGCUACCUGGCAGCCUUCCUUGCGGGAGUUCCUACAAACCAGAGUCUGUAGCACUUACUGCUGUGGCAUUACAAGAUCAUAUUUUACAUGAUCUUCAACUGCAAAAUCUUUCAUUAGCAGAUCCUUUAAAGUCAAAGACAUGGAGUAAGAUAAAUAAAUACAGACCUGUGAACAAAGAGAAAAUCAGAGCAGUUAUAGAUACUGGAUUGAAAAAAACAAACAAACAGCCAAACAACCAAAAUAACCCACAAAACGAAGAUCCAGAGAAAGAAUAUGUUCUUGAUCCAAAUCCUCAGCCUCUGACUUUAGCUCAGAAAUUUGGGUUGGUGGAGCUUCCUGCCAUGCCACUAACUCUAGACGAUUGGGAAUAUGUGAAGCAACGAUCCAUAAAGCAAGGAGAUUCUGUUCAACCUUGUGCUAUAUGCAAAGAAGAAUUUGCCCUUCAGCCACAGGUGUUGCUCUCUUGUUCUCAUGUAUUUCACAGAGCAUGCCUGAAAGCUUUCGAAAGAUUUGCAGCUAAAAAGAGUUGUCCAAUGUGUAGAAAGACCCAGUAUCAAACACGAGUCAUUCACGAUGGAGCCCGCCUUUUUAAAAUAAAAUGUGCUACGAGAAUUCAAGCUUUUUGGAGGGGACAUAUUGUUAGAAAGUGGUAUAAAAAUCUGAGAAAAACAGUACCCCCCAAUGAUGUGAGAUUAAGAAAAAAAUUCUUCGAAGAAAAGCUAACUGAGAUUUGCCAGCGAUUACUGAAAUCCUAUGAUACUUGUAUUGAUGAAUUCUUCUGUGAGAUAGAUUCCACUGUAGCUGCAAGUCAUGAAGUAUUUCAGCAACUAGAGGAAAAGUUGGGCCCAGAGAUACAUGAUGUUGAAUGGGAAAAAAUUCAGAUUCAGGCUUUCCGACAAGAUAUUGCCGAUUGUCCCAUUUGCAUUAUGCCGCUCAUGCAGCCAGCUCAACUUCAGGAUGGGCUUUUCCUGGAUGGCUAUCAGUCAUGUCCCCGUCAGACAGCGCUGCUCUCCUGUUCUCACAUGUUCCAUAGUACCUGUCUUCAAGCAUUUGAAGAGUUUUCUUUAGGAGAAAGACCUAUCUGCCCUUUAUGCCGUUCCUGUUAUCAGAAGAAAAUUCUCAGCUAACGUUUAAUGAUUUAACAUAAAAUUAUGAAUAUAUUUGUAAGAAACCUUAGCAGAAAUAAUUUAUCUAAAGUGUUUUAAUUGGAUUUCAGCGAGAGGGAGUACAAAAGUUAAUUUUUUUUUCCUGAUGGGUGCACGUGUGUGAAAACCUAGGAAGUGCUACCCCUAGAGAUAUUCCAGCCAUUCAGGUGGGAUUCCAGUUCUUUUCCGUGUCCCUUCCACUGGAUGUUUGCAUGCAUGGAUAGUCCCACAGGUGACAGUGGAUUGUCAGAAAGAGAGAAAAGCUCCAAAUCCCUGGAGAAACUUGGAGAAUCAACUGCAAGAAAACAUUUCAUCAUCAAGUUUUAAGCUAAACUGAACCUCUAAUAUUUCUUUCUCAGUUUGGCAGGCUUCUAUCGACUAAAGCAAGAACUCUGUAGGUACCUAUUAGUCAAAGGCACCUAUACCAGAAAGAGUAAUUGAUGCAUUGUAUAAUGCUUUGCAAAGCUUUGCAAUUCUGGCUAGUUUCCUGAUGGGAAAUCAUUUUUGGGUGACCCAUGUUCUUCAUCUUGAUGUUUGUAGCUAUAGACAUAGUACAUGUCUCUACGAGCCAGAAAUAAGAUUUUUACAUAAAGUUCUUGAGUGUAUCACUGAACCCCUCUGCUCACUGUAUGUUUUAAUGCAUUGUUUUAGGAAGUGGGAAGAGAUGUUCCUCUUUAUUCUGUGCGACAGUCAAAGGACACAGCUGGUAAUGGGCAAAAGAACCAAUUUUGGAAGUAAAAAUAGGACUCUUCUCCUAGAUGUCAGGAAGGGCUUUUUUGAACGUUCUUGUAGACCUUUCUAAGGGGAGUACAGUGAGAUCAUAUUUCAAGAUGGGGAUAGGAUUAAUUAACUGAAGAAACCACUAACUUAUUUGGGGUGGAGAUGCUUUGCCUGGAGCUCAGCUUUUUUUUUUUUCUCAAUACUUGCAAGAUUCUAUAAUCCCGAUACUUGUUCAGGCUAAGGCAAAAAUUGCAUUAGUACAGCUGAAGAACGCUCUUCACAAAAUGUCUCAAUAACAAAGAGUACCCCGUUCUCACAUGGGUUUUGUUCAGUCCAUUUAUGCCUGAGAUAGGCAAUAUGCUUUCUUUGAUCAGGGGUUUGAGGAUAAUCUGUUAGAAGCUGCGUGCCACACUGGUGAAUGAAGCUGAAGCUGA